AGAAAACAGUUUAGUUGAUUAAGUAGCACAGUGACAAUGGAACGUUGGCAAAAUAGAGUAGCGGUAGUAACAGGAGCAAGUAGUGGAAUUGGUGAAGCAAUUGCCAAGGAUUUCGCUACAACAGGACUUCGAGUUGUAGCUCUUGGUCGUCGUUUAGAGCGUUUGGAUGAAAAUCAUGCAAAACUAUCAACAGAUCUACAGAAACGCUAUUUUACUCGCAAAUGUGAUGUUACGAAUGAGGCUGAUGUCAUAGCCACCUUUGAGUGGAUUGAAAAAACUCUUGGUGGCACAGAUAUUCUUGUCAAUAAUGCUGGAGUCAGUGGUCGUGGUGGUGGAAAUUUAGUGACAAUGGAAAGUGAUUUUAUGGACAAAAUAUUACAUACAAAUGUCAAAGGCUUAGUGUACUGUACAAAGGCGGCUUUUAAGAGUAUGCAAGCAAGAAAAUUCGAUGGACACAUAGUACAUAUCAAUAGCAUAGCUGGACAUGGUAUUCCUAAUGUACAACCAGGUACAAGUUUUAAUAUGUACCCACCAUCAAAGUUCUGUGUUACUGCAAUAAAUGAGACAAUUCGUUGUGAGUUGAGAAAUUUAGGAACCAAAAUUAAGACCACUAGUGUUAGUCCCGGACUUGUACGAACAGAACUUGCUCCAAAAGAAGUUUAUGAUACUAUUGGAAUUUGUCUUAAUCCAGAAGAUAUAUCGCAAGCUGUAAUGUAUGCCGUUUCUACUCCACCACAUGUACAAAUUCAUGAAAUCACCGUGAAACCAGUUGGAGAGAAUUUUUAAGAUUGAUUUUUAAAUUUGUGUUUUAAGCUAUAUUAAAUUGAACAUUAAAUUAUAUUUUAUAAGAAAAUAUAA